AGGGCCUUGCGAGUAACUCGGCCGCACAGCCCUGAGAGCCUACCCUGUUGGGUGGGACGGUACGGUCUGUGUCACAGGAGUCCUUGACACCGCACCACGUAACAAUGCGACCAAUGCGCAGGGGAGCCCCUGCCUAGCUAGGGCCCUCCACUCCCACCAGAAGGGCCCUGGGAGGCUGCAGUGGUUGGGAUGUCGCACUUGUGCGAGUGUCCUCUGCGGCUGGAGAAGAGCUUCGUCUUGGACGGCGUGGCGGUGAGCACCAAGGCCCGCGCCUAUGAGCUCCUGAGGCCCAAGCUCUGGUCGGCGAUUCCGCCCUACAACGCCCAGCAGGACCACCACGCCCGCGGGUACUUCCAGAGCCGCGUGGUUCCGCCCAUUCUGCGGAAAACCCAACAGGAUCACGGUGGCACAGGAAGAGACGGCUGGAUAGUGGAUUAUUUCCACAUUUUUGGGGAAGGACAGAGAUACCUGAACAGGAGAAACUGGGCAGGGGCAGGGCAUUCCCUCCAGCAGGUGACCGGGCAUGAUCACUACAAUGCUGAACUGAAAACAAUCAAGGGGUUCAAUGGUCGAUUUGGCUAUCGCCGGAACACCCCAGCCCUCCGCCAGCGCCCGUCUGUCUUUGGAGAGGUCACCCAAUUCCCUCUCUUCUAAAAGCAUCUCUUCCCUUCCCACCCCUUGACCUGAAUAGAAGACAGAUGUUUAGAUGAAUUCUUAAUGCUAUUUUUAUAUAAACAAUGAUGUUAUUUGUGUUUCCAA